AUGCGUCUCUCUGGAACUUUUGUCGCUCUCGCUGUUGCUCUCAGCACUGCCCCGCAUUUCGCUCAGGCGAACCUCGCCAACGACGCUGCCGGCGUGCUUUCGCACUGCACCGGCCUCAACUUUGGCACGUGGGACGAGCCGAGCCUGCGCUCCUACCUGCUCGAGCGCGGCAUUGUCUCUCCUUCGUCGCCCCAGGAGAAGCUGGCGCAGAUCGCCAAGAAGGACUGCGACCGCCUCGCGUCGGAGAUUGCCUCGGCGACCAACUCGGCGGAUGCCGAGGCCAAGAAGCAGUACAGCGCCGCGCUGAGCGCCGCUAGCUCGGUGCGCAGCGUCGCCUCGUCCUACACGAGUGGCGCCUACACCUCGGCGGUGAAGGGCUCGGAGCAGGCCUCGUCGUCGGUGGCCUCGGCCGCCUCGGCCGCCGCCUCGGUCACGCACCAGGCCGCGAAAGACGUCGAGAAGGAGGCGUCGCGCCUCUCGGCGCAGGCCGUGCACACCACGGCGGACGCCGCCGCGCGUGCGCAGGACGCCAUUGACGAUGCCAAGGACUACGUGUACAGCUCGUGGAACGCCGACGAGCUCAAGUCGUGGCUCUCGAAGCACAACGUCGUCCUCCCCCAGGUGCUCCAGAGCCGCGAGGACCUGCUCAAGGCCAUCAAGGAGCCGUUUGCCAAGGAGUCGUCGUCGCACCUCUACGACAUCUUCUCGACGGACUACCUCCACAAGUGGCUCGUGAACCACGGCUACAUCGACUCGUCCUUUGAAAAGAACCGCAAGGAGCUCGUGGACCUCGCCCAGCGCUACUACUACACGGCCAACUCGGCGGUGUACGACACCUGGUCCAAGGCCGACCUCCACAAGUGGCUCGUGGACAACCACGUCAUCAAGAGCGACUACCAGGCGACGCGCGACGAGUACCUCAAGCUCGUCAGCGAGAAGUACACCAAGUCGCAGAAGGUGCUCUGGGAGGGUUGGCUCGACAGCGACCUGCGCAACUACCUGCACGAGCACGGCUUCCUGAAGACGCCCACCGAGAAGAAGCGCGAUGAGCUCAUCGAGCUCAUCCAGGAGCACGCUUCGGGCCUGUCGGCGACCGCGAGCGAGUACGUGAGCUGGUCGGACGCGCGCCUGCGUGGCUUCCUGCGCGCCCACGGCGUCGCGCCGAGCCAGCUCGAGACGGACCGCCAGCACCUGCUCCGCCAGGUGCGCGCCUACUACGACCCCGGCUGGGCGGCGAACCUGCAGAACGCUGCCAACGCGGUGGUCGACCAGUUCAAGACCGGUGUGCGCGACUUCCUCGGCGUGCCUGCCCAGCAGGUCUAUGGCCUGAACAAUGAGAAGCUCGGCUCGUAUGCCGCCGAGGCAAGCAAGAGCGCUUCGAGCGUCGUCGCGAGCGCCUCGAGCCUCGUGCAGAGCAUCCGCGACGAGCUUUAA